AAAUUAAAAAAAAAAAUCACAGUUGAAAAUAGAAAUAGUUAAAACAUUGAAUUUUUCUAAGCCCCUCUACAUUAUUCCUUCUUUGGAGCCUGUUAUCCUUUUAUUUUAUACUAGGAUAACACUACCAGCAGCCGGAAGAGGGGCAACAGAUGAGUCCUCUCUGGCUGAAUGUAGGGCAGGCAGCCUUGAGGGUCAGGUAGGAGUUGUUUUUAGUUACCCGUAAUGGAAAACAACUGUUCAAACAUGAAGUGUCUUCAAAAGCUGGAGGGGGGGCGGUCUUUGCUUUUAUUUGGGGUAACUAUGACAUCCCAGAAUUCUCCGUUAUUUCAGGGCUACUUUAGCAUAUUCAGUUUUCAGCAUCAUAGAACUGUUGGUUCUCAUUAGCUUUUAUAACUAAUAUUGAUUAGAUAAACAGUCUCAGUCAGGUUUGAAGCAAACUUUCAUUGGAAUCUAUUCUUUCAUCUCUUUGAAGAACACUGACUUUUAGGGGGCGGUAGGUAAUGUAGGUGAAGGGAUGUCCUGCCUAGUAUGUGGCUCAAUGAAAUCGUCUGAGUGGAUGAACUGCCUGGCGCAGCUGCCGCUGUAGGCCCUGAGUGUGCACAUUUACAAGCCAGGGUAGAGCUUUCCCCGAGAGAAAUACUGUUCUUGAGAAGUUAGCAGAAAAUUCCUUUCUCAUCACCUAACUUCCUUACAGUAUCUCCAUCCUUGUAACUGCAUUUUUCUCUUGUUUGUUCUCUUUUUUUAAUGUAACAACAUGAUGUUUCGAUGUUGAGAGCUGCCAGUCCUAUGCAGGCCAAACAGAAUCAUUCGGCAGCCCUUUUUGUCUGGAGCUGGUCAUCAUGCUUUCCCAUUAGACCAGAGAUUUAAAGACCACAUUUGCCUAGACAUGUGAGCACUGGAGUCUUGUGUGCCACACACUAGAGAGCCUACACACAAGAGUCUGACUCAUGGGUGUAUAAUGGGUAUCUGAGUUAGGGUUUCUAUUGCUGUGAUGAAACACCAUGACCAGAAAGCAAGUUCAUCAUUAGGAACUGCAGCAGGGCAGAAUUCUGGAGGCAGGAACUGAGGCAGAGGCCAUGGGGAUGGGGGAUGAGGGAGAUGCUGCUUAUUGGUUUGCUCCCCCUGGCUUGCUUGGCCUGCCUGCCUUAUAGAACCCAGGACCACCAGCCUAGGGAUAGCACUACUCACCAUGGCUGGGCCCUCCCACCCUUGAUCACUAAUUGAGAAAAAUGUCUUAUAGCUGGAUCUCAUGGAGGCAUUUCCUCAACUGAGGUUCAUACCUCUAUGAUGAUCCUAGCUUGUGUCAACCUUAGCUUGUGUCUCAGUUGACACACAAGACCAGCCAGUACAGUACAUGUGCAAAGUAAGAUAGGAUAUAGGACAAUUUGUGGUGGUGUUGGUGGUCAGGUUCUUUCCCAUCUGACCACAUUCUCCUCUUCCUGAAAUGACCAAUGACGGGUAGCAGCAGUGUAUUCUGCUAGCUCCAGUUCUGAAAGCUAUUUACCUCUCCAGUCAGACUUCCACUACUCUCACACUCAGUUCCCAUAGCACCAUUAGCUGCUGCUCUCCUGAACUCCAGACAGUAGCUUGAAUCCACAUGAAGAAACACCAUAUAUAAAACCAGUGUCCAGGUGGUAUGAAUGCUUUUUGUAACCUUUUCUCCUGUUGUAUAAAAGCAGGAAGUAUGACCACCCUGUCUCCUGCUCUCUUCUCUCCAGCUGGAGUCUAAGUCAACAUACCACACAUGUUUACCUUGCGAUUCUUACACAUGGCUUUUCUUUUGUAAGACAGGGUCUUUCCUUACAGCCCAGGCUGGGUCAGGCUCAGCACCUAUAAUUGUCUCAGUCUCUCAGGCUCUAAGUGUGCACCUUUCCACCAGCAUAGAGAGUCUCUUAAUGUGAUUUAUGAUACAUACUAAAGGAGGUAGGGCAGAAACACACAUGUAUGAGCAAAUGUUUUACUUACUACUGAAAAUUGAUUGUGUACUAAUCAAAAGUAUCCCUCCAUAUGUAAAGUCCAAGCUAUAAUCUUUAAGUCAGCUACUAAAAAGUAAAUAAUAAUAUGAAGAAAUGACCAAGAAAUUGAAACCGUACAUUAGACCAUACUUAACACAGAAGAUGACAGUAAUGAAAUAUGGAGGGGCUUACUCCAAGAGAUCAUUAAAAUAAUGAAAAGUAUGAUUAUACAACCUAACAAAAAGGUGAAGGAGCCACAGAACUGGUGAAGAAAAGUGGUCCAGUUUAAUGCUGUAUACAUGAAAUACACUUAGUUUUCUUUUUCUUUUUUUUUUUUUUUCUUCAUAAGAUGUAGAGAUCAAAUGCAGUAUGUAUGCUUUGCAGGCACUCCUCUCUGAGACGGACUUUGGAUUAAAAGACAUAAUAUGCUGAAGGCAAGAUUUUUGGAAGAAGAUAUACUCGUGCAGACAGUCAUGAAAAAAGCUAAAUGACAUCACAGGGUAGACUUUGGGAUCAGGGGUGUAAAGAAGUGUCAUAUGAUGAUAAACAGGUGAAUCUAGAGAUGAUCUGACCCCUGGCAAUAGCAAGGAGACAUGGGAAGGAUCAACAGCUGAAAGGGCAAGUGGGCAGAUUGACUUGAAUCCCAGUCCUUUAGUGUCCCCAAGAGAGACGGUGGUGAGCACCUCCUCCAGAGGACUGCCAUGGAGGGCAGCUUGUCAUAGACAAGGCACACGUGGUUCACAUGCCACCACUCACUCACUAUCAGCACUGCACCUGUUCAACAGAGGAGGAAGUUGAGGCCCUGUUAGGCACAGUGGAUUAUCCAGGGUUUCAAAGCCAGAAAGAGGCAGCUGUGUCUGAGGCGAUGGGCCUCCUGCAAGGCCUUCCCAGUGGUCGUGGGCACGCAAACAUGGAAGAAGUACUAUUUCUGCCGGUCUGAGCUAGAGUUCCGUAUGGAAUCUGGGCGGCCACAGGAUUUCAUCUGCAAAGCUAUUUCUGGGCACACAGGAAUGAUAGAUCAGCUGGCCUACGUCUCACCCCAUGAGUACCGCUUUGAUGAAGGGGCAAGGUCCGUGGUUUGCACUGUGUCUUCAGACUGUACUGUGCGUGCCUGGGAUCUGCAGGAGGGCUCAGAGAUCUGGUCAAGUGCUGUGCAGCCUGCUCCUCUGGUGAAUGUGGUGGCCUAUCCUCAGCUGCAGCUGGUUGUCACUGUGGACAUACAGGGCUUGAUCAUGGGGUGGAAAGCAAAGACCGGGUCUGAGUGGGCCUUCUUCAGCUUGCCGGCAUCCUGUUCUUCAAUGGAGGCCUGUGACCACCCAGAGGGCCCCUUCUUGCUGGUAGCCUGUGAUGAAGGGACCCUCUACACUAUGACAGUACCUCAGCUGCAAGUGGUCUCCAGAGUACCCACAUUUCCUCACUCCUCUGUGAGCCUCACGUGCUCCCCUGACACACAGUGGGUAUUUGUGUCUGCACAAGGCUCAGACUUAGGCCCAAAGGUGUUCUACACUCAGCCCUUGCUGCACCCAUCAGAAGACAGACUUCCUGUCUCCACUACCCUUCCCAUCAGGCUGAGCUCCAGAGCCUGCUGGGCUCCGGAUGAGGCAGCCAGACUGAUGGUGAUACACAGAGAUGACGGUGGCGUGCAUCUGGUUAUCACUACCUUCGAGUUAAAGGCCACCAAGUCCAGGGACAGAUUGAGCAUCCUUGCACAGCAGCUGGCCAGCUUCCACCUGCCGGACACUAUGACUCCUCACCUCAUGCAGGGCCAUGGCUCCCAAACGAUCCUGCUCACCUCCAGGUCAGAGCUGGUGCUCUUCACCAUACAUGGCCUGCAGCUGAUGGCCUUCCAGGACCACCAGAGGCCAAUCACGUCUAUGUGGGUGGAUCCAGACCGUGUCAUCACUGCUGCCUUGGACCUGUCCUUGCGUGUCUAUGUGUGGAAUAAAAAGAACACAUCACCUGUCCUCAAGAGCUGUUACCAUUUGCUCGGGGGAUCUCACAGAUGGGCCAGUGGAUUCACCCACGUGAAGAGUGACAGCAGAAGCAUUGCUGGGGUGGAAGCCAGAAGCACUGGGACAAGUAUUCUGAGGUCAUAUUGCUUCAAGGUUAAGCUUGACUAGACGCCACCAGUUGAAGAUGCUCUGGCUUGGUGUGCGUGCAAAGUCCUUACCAAAGAUGUUGUCAACUUUGGAAAAAAAACUAGCAAGAUGCCUGCUUCCUAACAAAAUGCCUGCUGCCUUCUCACAGAGAGCCGAUGAAGUGGUUUCUGUCAUCUUACAUUUCACUGUCCUGCUCAAACAAGGGAGAAUAAGUCCCCUCUUCAGGCGCUUUCCCAGGUGGCACGGUUUCCCAGGUGGUCACAGACAGAGUGGACUGUUUGUGGUAGUGCUGAAUUUAUAGCCUGCUCGUUUGCAGUGUCCAGAUGGCAACAGAGUUGUUUUUGUUACCAAGAAUGUAAUUAAAAUAUUUUUAUUUGCCUGUGCUGUAGAGACACA